AUGGCCUCGGAGCCCUCCUCGGAAGUGGAAGAGCUCGAGGACGAUCUGGAGAUCCCCGUGCCCGAGCCGGAGUGGAAGCGACCCAGGGUGAGCGUUCUGCGGAAGCCAGCCGGCAAAUUCGGGGAGUGCGAGCACGGGCUCUUCCUGACGAAGUGCGUGAAGUGUCACGGAUGUCCUCACGGCGGCUUGCGGAGCUUCUGCCAGACAUGCAAGAGCCGCGGCACCGGCGCCGCGCCAGGAGGUGCCAACCGAGCCGACUGCACCCACGGCCUCGGAGCCCGAGAGUUCGGAGGUCGAAGAGCUGGACGACUUCCAGGUGGCGGCCCUGAUCCCCGAGCCGGAGCGGAAGCGAAGGGUGAGUGUCCUGCGGAAGCCGGCCGGAAGCCGGGGGCAGUGCGAGCACGGGUUCUCUUGGACUAA